AAUCCAGUCGUAUUAUCGUACAUUCCAGACUGUAUUUUCCGUGCUUAUGAUCGAAAUAGGAUACUUUUCACGGAAUUGUUUUAUGACGGACAUAAUGCCAAUGCCUCUGCGAAAUUUGCUUGCCUAAAACCCUGGAUUAUACGCACAGCUGUGGAUGAACAUCAGGUUUUCCUGCCCCUCCCGUUAGGUGCCCCUUCUUUGGACUUCGCUGAUAGCGAUAGCAAUAUCUACCUCUCGCCGCCUCUCACUCGUUCUCUGUCACGCUAAGUGGAAAAAUUGGAAACAAAAUUAUAAAUAUGCUAGCACCGCAGAUCGGAACGCAAUGGUUAGUCAUUCUGUGUGUGGCGAUGGCAGCGAGCGGUACUAAUUUGAAUAGUGGAAUGUGCCCGGUGGCUACGGACUCUGGCUGCCACGAAACUCCUCCAGACCAGGCCCGCUACGACAACUACCGCAUUUACAACGUGGAGUUUGAGAACCAAGAGCAGAUUGAACUUUUCCAGAAGCUGGAGGAGCAGAGUGACAGCCUCACAUUCAUCGGCCAUGCUCGCGAGGUUGGCCAAAAGUUGUCCAUUCUGGUUGCUGCGCAUCGCGUGGCAGAUAUUGCAGAUCUGCUGAAGACCUACAAAGUUAAACAUCGAAUUCUGACCUACAACUUUCAAGAGAAGAUCGAUCGCAAUCUGGGCGAAGUUUUACCGGAAAGCAUUGAUGCCUCGCAGCUCGACUGGCAGCACUUCUUUCACCUGAAGACCAUCUACGAGUGGCUGGAUAAAAUGGCCGAGAAGUACCCAGCACGUGUGACCGUACUGGAUAUGGGCAGCAGCACUCAGGGCAACGCAAUCAAGGGCGUCAAGCUGACCAGCAAUAAUAAUAACAAGGCCAUCUUCAUUGAGAGUGGAAUUCAUGCCAGGGAGUGGAUUGCCCCAGCCGCUGCCACCUAUAUAAUCAACCAGCUUCUGACCUCCCAAGAUCCGAACGUGCAGAAACUGGCCAACGAGUACAACUGGAUUAUCUUCCCCUGCGUCAAUCCAGAUGGCUACAAGUACACAUUUGAGCACGACAGAAUGUGGCGCAAGAACCGUCAGCUGUUUGGAACCUGCCGUGGGGUGGAUCUGAACAGGAACUACCCAGACCACUGGAACUCUACGGGAUCCAGCAGUGACCCCACCCGCUACGAUUUUGCUGGACCCUCCGCUGGAAGCGAACUGGAGACCCAGCGUUUGAUUGAGUUCAUUCGGGCAAAUGUGGGCAAAGAGCAAAUAAAGACAUACAUUGCUCUUCACUCCUACUCUCAAAUGCUAAUGUUCCCAUAUGGUUACACCAAAGAGCGGGUGUCCAAUUACGAUGACCUGCAGGAGUUUGGCAAGAAGGCAUCAGCAGCAAUCAAGGCCGAGAGCGGUAGGGAUUACGUGAGUGGUAGCCUGUAUGAGACCAUAUACCCGUCGAGUGGCGGCAGCAUGGAUUGGGCGCAUGCCGAAGCCGGUAUUCCGAUUGCCUACACCUUCGAGCUGCGUGGUCCACCAGAUAGCCAAGACUUGUUCAUCCUGCCCGCUGUGGAAAUCCAGCCCACGGCCAGCGAAGCCUUCACUGCCAUUCGUACCAUCGUGGAGGCGGCAGCAGAGAAGGGCUACUACAAGUAAGCACAAUAAUGUUCGGAAGUAAUCAUUUUGUACGUUCAACGUUUUAUAAACCUUAUCUUUAUAAAAAUAAACAGACAUAAAAGCAAAA